GGGCGGGGGUCGUAUUCGCGGGACAACGCAGGCGACGCUUUACGGCAGGGGUGAGGCGGGGGUGGGUCGCAGUCCAGCCUCGCUGGCUCCGGCGCGAAACUGAGGGGACCGAGUCUUUCCCGCUGAAGCGUGGCGUAAGCCACGUUGGUCCCCUCAGCCUCCUUCGUGUCCUUUCCCUGGGGCAACGCGGGGUGACACGGGGCCGGGACCGGCACCCUUUCUGGCCGGAGGGACCCUCCCCAUCCUCUAACGUCUGAGCAGCCUGUACCCUGCGUGCAAGCUGACUGUGCUCAUUGAUUUGGGAGGCUGCCUCAUUGUAUACUCAAUUCUGGAACCAGUUUGGUAAUAAAAUCAAAGCAUGUGAUCAACAGCUCGUACAUUAUAUUGGUGUGGACCCAGAGAGCAAGCACAGAUGAAGAGCAGACACUGACCUCACAGUUCUGACAGGGUUCAUGCCGCCAGCGACGAAAGUGAAGGAAUGGAAAAAAGGAAAUUUUACCAUUCGACAGUCGCAAAACUAGAGGAAAAAAGUUUAAGUGCAGUUAAGAAAAUCAAAGGGCUUGAUCAACAGCUCAUACAUUGCCUUGGUUUGGACCCAGAGUGCAAGCACAGACGAAGAGCGGACACUGACUUCACACUUCUGAUAGAUUCUGCAUCCAAGACCUAAUUUGGUGGAAGCAUCACUGUGGCCUAGAGUGGAUCAGUAAUGCACUCAUGUUUUUAUACAUAAACAGAAGCAAAGUCAAGCUAAGCAGAUUCAUGGCUGAGGUGUGCAUACACUGGAGGAGAAGGCCAUAAAGUCCAGCAUUGUACAAUUUGAUGCUUGAAGGUCCUUCGUCAUAAUUUUGAGGGCAUAUUUCUAUUGCAAAUGGAAGAUUCUUGUCAGCUGGUGGAGAGCAGAGGAGCUGGACGCUGGACCCAGGACUUGGCUCAUGGCUGGUUCAUCCGUGUGCAGCAAUUUAUACUGUGCCUCAUAUAACUGACACCAUCUUUUGCCUGAAUGCUGAGGUUGCACCUGAGAAUCUUCAUGUUAAUGCAAAUGAUGAGAAUCAGGAGCGUGGUAACUGGUCCAAAAAAUCAGAUUACCUUUUAUCUAUGGUUGGAUAUGCAGUGGGACUGGGGAAUGUGUGGCGAUUCCCCUAUUUGACCUACAACAAUGGUGGAGGUGCCUUCUUAAUACCAUAUGUGAUUAUGCUAGCCCUGGCUGGUUUACCUUUGUUCUUCUUAGAGUGCUCCAUGGGACAAUUUUCUAGCUUAGGUCCAGUUUCAGUUUGGAGGAUUCUUCCAUUGUUUCAAGGUGUGGGGAUUACAAUGGUCCUGAUAUCCCUUUUUGUGACAAUCUAUUAUAAUGUCAUAAUUGCCUAUAGUCUUUACUACCUAUUUGCUUCUUUUCAACGUGAACUACCAUGGUCAAAAUGUUCCAUCAGUUGGGCUGAUGGAAACUGUAGCAGAUCACCUUUCGUGACACAUUGUAAUGUGAGUAUAAGCAUAAAUGAAAUCUUUCAAGCGAAUAAAAGCUGGGUAGACGCCAACAAUCUUACCUGCAUCAAUGGAAGUGAAGUUUAUCAGGCAGGGCAGCUUCCCAGUGAACAGUAUUGGAAUAAAGUGGCACUCCAACGGUCAAGUGGACUGGAUGAGACUGGAGUCAUUGUUUGGUAUUUAGCACUUUGUCUUCUUCUGGCUUGGCUCAUAGUCGGAGCAGCAUUAUUUAAAGGAAUAAAGUCUUCUGGAAAGGUGGUGUAUUUUACAGCUCUUUUCCCCUAUGUUGUCCUACUCAUCCUGGUGAUUCGAGGGGCAACUCUGGAAGGUGCAGCAAAAGGCAUUUCAUACUAUAUUGGAGCACAGUCAAAUUUUGCAAAACUUAAGGAUGCUGAGGUUUGGAAAGAUGCUGCCACACAGAUAUUUUAUUCUCUGUCAGUUGCCUGGGGUGGUCUGGUUGCCUUAUCAUCUUACAAUAAGUUCAAUAACAACUGCUACUCAGAUGCCAUUGUAGUUUGUGUGACAAAUUGCCUUACUAGUGUGUUCGCUGGAUUUGCUAUUUUUUCUAUAUUGGGACACAUGGCUCAUAUAUCUGGAAAGGAAGUCACACAAGUUGUAAAAUCAGGUUUUGAUUUGGCAUUCAUUGCCUAUCCAGAAGCUUUAGCUCAACUCCCAGGUGGGCCAUUUUGGUCCGUAUUAUUUUUUUUCAUGCUUUUGACUUUGGGUCUUGACUCUCAGUUCGCUUCCAUUGAAACGAUUACCACGACAAUUCAAGAUUUAUUUCCCAAAGUGAUGAAGAAAAUGAGGGCUCCCAUAACUUUGGGUUGCUGCUUGGUUUUGUUUUUCCUUGGCCUCAUCUGUGUGACUCAGGCUGGAAUAUACUGGGUUAAUCUGAUUGACCACUUCUGUGCUGGAUGGGGCAUUUUGAUUGCAGCUAUACUGGAAAUAAUAGGAGUCAUCUGGAUUUAUGGAGGGAACAGGUUUAUUGACGAUAUAGAAAUGAUGAUUGGAGCAAAAAGGUGGAUAUUCUGGCUAUGGUGGAGAACUUGCUGGUUUGUCAUUACGCCUAUCCUAUUAAUGUCAAUCUUGAUCUGGUCAGUGAUACAGUUUCGUAGACCUAAGUAUGGCCAAAUUCCAUACCCUAACUGGGGAGUUGCUCUAGGCUGGUGUAUGAUUACUUUCUGCAUUAUCUGGAUUCCAAUCAUGGCUAUCAUAAACAUAAUUCAAGCUAAAGGAAACAUCUUUCAACGCAUUGCAACCUGCUGCAGACCAGCUGCUAACUGGGGGCCAUACUUGGAAAAACAUCGUGGGGAAAGAUAUGAAAACAUGUCAGAUUCUAAAAAAGAGACUAACCAUGAAAUAUCUAAUAUUAGUGACAGCAGAAAACCAGAAUGAGAUCUAUGAGCUUUAUAAUUUCAACAGGAAUGUAAUACAAAAAUGUGAAACUACUAAUGUUUAGCAAUGUGAUUAAUCUAUCUGUUCACACAUACAUAGCUGCCUCUAUUUCACAAUAAAAAUUUUGUAUCACUACAAUAUUUUUAUAAUAUACUGAAGGCUUUAUUUUGAGCUGAUUAUUUAGAAAAUAGUUAUAUUUUCUAUUAUAAAAGUUUUUAAAUACUAUUUGCUUAUAUUUCUUAGCAUACAAUGUUUCUUUCCCAUAAAUCUGGGGAAAAUAAAUAUAUUUAAAAGAAAGUGGUAAAAUUGAAAAUUAGGAAUGCCAUACAUAUAUGUAUAUAAGGAAAAAAUGAACUAUGUAUAUGAAGACUAUUGCUUAAUAUCUUUGAUUCAUGUCUAAAAACUUCAUGCCUUCAUAGUUCACUUUUUUAAGGUGAACUUAGUAGUUAUAUUCUUUAUUUACAAAUAGUGAAAUAAGACAGAAAACUAUGGCCAGUAAGUGAUAAAUCUAGAAUAUGGAAUCCAGAAGCUUUGAUUCUUUCUUUCCCCAUAAAAUGUGUUCUGUAGGUUAUGGUUGGAAUAAAUACAUGACCCAUCUAAUUUCUACUGUGUUUCACAAAAUUUAAAGUAGUUCAUUAUACACCCUGAAGUCUAAUUUCAAAUAGAACAUAGAACAAAAUACUAAUGAGGAAAUGGCUUCAAUCAAAUCUAAGAUCUUAUGAUUGUAAUAUAUAGUUAAUAGAUAAGUAGAAUGAUUUUGUUUUACUUGAAUAAGUUACUAUUUACAGGUGAUAACUUAUUUACAUACUUAUGGGAGAUAAACUUGUGAAACUUGUCAAGAAUGAGGGCAGCCAAGUUAGAAAGUCCUAUGUGCCAAUUUCUUUACAAAAGAUAUUGAAAACAUCAUAUCAUUAAUAGAUUUAUACACUGAUUAUAUAUCAUUUACAACUGGUUUAACAUCACAAUCUAGGAUUACCAAACUAUGUAAGAAACUUUUCAGUUAUUCUUAAGGUUCUUAACAUAGGCUUCAGAGACUGUAUGAGGCUGAAAUUACAUGUAAUAUUUUUCUACAUGUAUGUGUAUAUGCAUUUUUUCUACUGCAAGAGUCCAUAUUUUUCAUCAGAAUAUCAAAAGAAAUCUGUGACUCUAAAAUAUGUUUAAGAACCACAUAUACUACUGCUUUUUGUUCUUGUCAAAUGAUGAAUAAAAGAAUAAAUUUAAGCAUUAUAAAUUC